ACUUGUAUAUAGGCAGUAACCCUUCGUUUCUUACAUUAAAUUCUCAACCACUUCAUUACCAUGGUAUUGGGAAAAAUGUGAUGUAUGAGACAAUGGUGGUCGCGGGGCGGCAGCGCGGCUGCGGGAGGGGCGGCGGUGCGGGAGGAGGCGCCACGCACAGAUGUCGAGGGCUGGAGUUUGAUUCCUACUACAAAACCCACUUUGGGCCUCCGACAGCUGGGGAAGGUAGCAUCAUCUGUCACCUAAUGGGCAGGAAAGACUUCAGGUGCCACGUAACCUGAGAGUCAUGGCGCAGUGAGAUGGAUAAUGAAGUGAGGGCGGGUUGUGUUGUCACACAUCAACAUGGACCACUUGGCCCCUUCCUCAGGGGUCAAUUGGUAUACCAGUUAUAAUGCUUUUGGGGAAUUGUUGGCUGGAGCCCCACAGCUGCCCCCUAUGGAAUUAGGAGGGAUGGAUGUGGGGCGGCCAUACAACCCUCAGGAACAUGUCCAUUAUCCUACUCAAGUUGAAGGGUUGCAUUAUGGGCAGGAGGUGAGCCAUCCCAGUGUUGUUGCUGCAGAAGAGGAGCAUUUGUUCCAAGAAAACUCACUGUCUCCAGCACAAUCCAAGAUCUUCAGCCAAAUGAGAGUGUCUGUUGGGGAGAAGAUAGCAUGCCAGGAGUGUGGUGCAACAUUUGCAUGUAGUGCCAAUCUGAGGAACCACAUGAGGAUCCACACAGGAGAGAGGCCAUUUGUGUGUGAAGAGUGUGGGGCUUCCUUCACCCAGCGCUCAAACAUGCGCAGUCACAAGCGUGUGCACACUGGGGAACGGCCUUACAUGUGUGGCAUUUGUGGCCAGACAUUUGCCCGCUCCUCCCACUUGCCAGGACACAUGCGCACACACACCGGGGAGAAACCCUUCAGCUGUUCACAGUGUGGCAGAUCUUUUGCCACGAACCAGAUAAUGAAGAACCACAUGAGGACCCACACUGGGGAGAGGCCCUUUGUCUGUGAUGUCUGUGAUGCCACCUUUGCUCAAAGCUCUUGCCUUGCCACACAUAAAAAGAUACACACAGGGGAACGCAACUUCAAGUGUGGGAAGUGUGGGAAAGCCUUCAUAUCCAGGUCAGGGCUGCAGACUCAUGAACGUGUCCACACUGGAGAGAAGCCUUACAACUGCGAGAAAUGUGACAAGUCAUUUAGAACAUCAUCUUAUCUCUCUAAGCACAAGCAGAAGUAUUGUGGUAAGGAAAGUUUUGUAAAAAUAAGUAGACAAUCUGGCCCUGGUAAAAUGAAGAAAAGCUCUGCCAAUUCUCACAGAUUAAGUAAAUGUAAAAAGAAUCUGAAGCCCAUGAGUUCUCCCCCAUCAAAGCGGACACGGGUUAAGAGAACCCAGCGACCCACAAGAAACAAUAGCAGUUUUUGCAAAUCUGUUCCUAAGCCUGAGUGGUGUAGGCAGCUUGAGAAAGAUCUUUCUGUAACAGAAAAGAUUCACCAGAAUACUGAGAACAGUGAGACAGAUCUGGUAGUUUACAACCAAGAGGAGGCAAGGAACAGUGAUUCUGAGCCCAACUCGGAUUGGGGGCAGGCUUUGGAUAGAUCUCAGGAGAACAGCUUAGUAGAACAAGAUUUGGAUAUUAAAGAGGAAUGUACUUUGCCGGAAGAAACAGUUUGUGUAUCUGAGACUACUACAAAUACUCCACAGAAGCAGCUUACUGUUGACUGUGAAAUUGUUCAGGUGCCAAGCCUUCAUGGAGAGAACUUUGGCGAUGAAACUGAACCUGUUAAGGAUACUUUUAAGGAUUCUCAGUCACAGGUUCUUGAGGGUCAGAACCAGGGCACAGGAGCACAUCACGUAAUAGAAAAUUACUUUAAGGAAAUGAGUAGUGCUAGCUUUUCUGAAAGUGCAUAUGAGGAAGAAAUAUCAAGCCCUGCUGUGAUGGAUGUCCAAGAGGUGUGUGAAGACCUUCCACAGCUGUCUGGUAUUGCCACAGCCUCAGACUUACCACAGCAAACCUACUCAAUGAAGGAUGACUCAACUCUUUGGUACUCAAGAAGCUACAUGAUCCUCUAUGUUACAGUAUCCUGUGGGACAUUGUUUCAUAUACAGCUGAACACCAGAGACAAUUAUCCCACCUUUGUUUUCAAGGGAAGGGAUAUAAUAGGAAUAUGCCAGUAUAGCAUGCAUGAUAUGAAAACCAAGCUAACUGAAUGCUUGGCCACAGACUGGGUCCUGCAGCCAAGGUAUGCCAUUAUGAUGUAUUUAGAUAUGGAACACAUAGGAGGAGCCACAGGUGUUGGGUGGUACAACUGGGAUCUUGUAACAAAUAAGGUGCAGGUGGAUCUCAUGAGUGCUGAUGUUGCCCAGCAGAUAAGCCAGCACGUUCACACCUCGUACAACAACCCACAGCACAUGUCAGUGCAGUUGGCUGUACCACAGGCCCCUCGAAUCACAAGCAACCUCUCAGUUGACUCCCAAAAUGCUGUGAACACUUCAAAACCCACAGCUUCCAGACCUUCCAGGAUCCGACACUCUCACGGAGAGCGCGUCUCAUGUGCUGAGUGUGGCAAGACUUAUGCUUGUAAUGCAAAUUUACGUGACCACAUGCGGAUACAUACAGGAGAACGACCCUUCAUUUGUGAUGAGUGUGGAAUGACUUUUACCCAGAGGUCAAAUUUACGCAUGCACAAACGCGUGCACACAGGCGAGCGGCCAUACAUGUGUGGUGUGUGCGGCAAGACAUUCUCUCGGUCGUCACAUCUUCCGGGCCACAUGCGGCAGCACACGGGAGAGAAGCCGUACACGUGCGACCAGUGUGGCCAGACCUUCACCACCAGCCAGAGUAUGAAGAACCACAAGCGAAUCCACACUGGUGAGAAGCCUUAUGUAUGUGAUGUUUGUGAUGCUUCCUUUACCCAGAGCUCCACACUCUCCACACACAAAAAGUCACACACUGGAGACAAGCCAUUCAAGUGUGACAUCUGCAAUAAGCGGUUCAUAUUCCGCUCUGGGCUAAAUGAACACAUGAUUGUGCAUAGCAGGGAAAAGCCAUUCCAGUGUGAUCAGUGCCACAAAAGGUUCAAGUAUUCAAACUACUUGUCCAAACACAAGAAGAAGUAUUGCGGAAACGAUGGUUACCACAAACGAUGGCAAAAAACGUCGUCCAAAAAGUCGUCGGUCCGCAAGAGUACAUCAUCCCGGAGGACGCAAGCAACACAGAGGGUUGUUGCUGUGUCAAAACUUAAUGCAACAAUCAAAAUGGACCAGUUUCAACGCAACUCUAUUGUGGCAUCUAAUGCCUCAGCCACCUCAGUGCCAACAUCCUCUGUGACUGCCUACAGUUACAGUGGUCUAGAGGAGUUCCUAGUGCCAGCUCAGGUUAAAGUUGACCUGGGUGGAAGUGUUGCAUGUCAGAUAAACCAGCAAAUACAACAUGUUCACUUUGGUAAUGUGACUCAAAUGCAGCCAGUUCAGCUCACAGCUAACUCAGCCACCCCACCUUUGAAAUCCUCUGAGAGUCCAAUUCCAGUCAUGGAGGCCAGUGAAAGUACCUCAGUAGAACUACCACGGACAUCCAAGACUGUGCCCAAGUCUCGUGUUCGGAAUGGGACAGCUGAACGCGUGGUGUGUCCAAACUGUGGUAAAUCAUUGGCAUGUGGAGCCAACCUUGCUGAACACAUGCGUACCCACACCGGGGAACGUCCCUUUGUUUGUGAUGAAUGUGGUGCGUCAUUUGCUGCUAAGUCUAAUCUGAGGACACACAAGCGACUGCACACUGGUGAAAGGCCUUACAUGUGUGGUGUGUGUGGAAAAACUUUCUCUCAAAGUUCUCAUCUUCCAAGUCACAUGCGAGUGCACACGGGAGAACGCCCCUAUCAGUGCCCUGAGUGCCCUAAGUCUUUCUCUUCUAGCACCACUUUAAGGAAUCACCUCAGGAUUCAUAAAGGUGAUUGUCCCUUCAAAUGUGAAUCCUGUGGAAGGGGCUUUGUGUGUAAAUCAUGGCUUCAAGACCAUUAUAAAGUUCAUACAGGGGAGAAGCCUUUUCAGUGUGACAUUUGCAACAAAUGGUUCAAGGAUAAAUCCUACAUAACAAAACAUAAACUAAAAUACUGUGGUAAUGAUGGAUACAAAAAGCGGUGGAGAAGACCAGGUGUAAAAAAGCCUCCAGGGAGAAAAGCAAGUAGUGUGAAUCAAGCAAAAAAGAUCACUGAGGAGGAUGACUUUAACCAGCCCAGGAGACCAGUAGGCCGACCUAAAGGAUCGAAAAACAAGAGAAGCAGGAAGAGGAAAACAAAAACUACACGCAAGAAAAAGAAUGUGUCAACCACUGAUUCUGAUGCCGAAUUUGAGGAACUUUUGAAGGAACAUGAAACAGACGCUUUGGAACUUCCCAAGAUUGAAGUGAUAUCCACCAACUCAGAGGAACGGUCUGAGCUGGAACUUCUUGACCAGUCACACUUGGAACAAACAAAUAACCAAGAACACGAAUAUCAGUAUGAGUUUGAUCCCAAUGACGAUCCACUCCACAUUGAAAGCAAGCAGAAUGACCCCCUUUCACUGCCACACAUUCCUGUAGUCCAGCUCCAUGUUGCCAUGCCCCACACACAACUCCACGUUCAGCACCUUGAGGACAGCCACCUCCACCACACACUCCACCAGCCUCAGGAUCUUGUACAACCACAGAAUAGAAACCAGUCUCAAAAUUUAGUUCAGUCUCAUAGUCACUUGCAGCCUCAAAAUCUAGUUCAACCACAAAAUUUAGUACAGCCUCAAAAUUUAGUGCAGCCACAGAAUUUGGUUCAGCCUCAAAAUCUUGUCCAGCCUCAGAAUCUUUCCCAAGCACAAAAUCUUAGUCAGCCACAAAAUCUUUCCCAGACACACAACCAUUCACAGCCUCAUAAUCUCUCUCUUGCCCAAAACUUGUCUCAGCCACAAAACCUUUCUCUCAAUCCCAAAUUGCUUCAGUCAUCAAAUAUCCAUCAACCACAAAAUCUCUCUCAGCCACAAAACUUAUCACAACCUCAAAAUUUAUCUCAAUCUAACAGCAUGUCUCAGCCUCACAACUUAUCACAGAAUCAAACCCUUUCUCAGCCCCAAAAUCUUUCUCACUCUCAGAAUAUGUCUCAAUCUCCUAAUUUAAAUCAACCUCAAAAUCUAUCACAGCCCCAGAAUUUAUCUCAAAGUGAUAGCUUAUCACAACCACAAAAUCUUUCUCAGCCCCAGAAUUUGUCUCAACCCCAAAACUUGAGUCAGGCUCACGUUUCACUUCAGGAUCACCUAACACAGCUGGAGCAUCAGCCUCAGAACAUUCACAUGGUAUAUUACAAUGCAUAGGCAUCUUAUCAGCAGAAGGUACAUUGAAGAAAGUGGUGUGUAAUAAGAAAAUAAUGCACUAUUGUGAUAAUUACAGUUGAACUGUUGAACUAUUAACUUUAAUGAGCACUGUACUCAUAUAGUUAAUUUUUUUUUUAAGUGCAAUUUCAGUGAAAUUACUACUAUCAGUAAUUUAGUAAUUGCAAACUAUCUGCUUUGCUUGGUACAGUACCUGAGUGGCUCUGGUAAUGAAGGAGAUCAGAGGACUGAAACACAUAAUUUAUACAUGCAAACCUACUCUAUGUAAAGGAAAACAAAUUUGUCACCAUUGAUCCUACUGUCAUAUAUUCUGUACUUCAGUGCUUUAUUAUUAAGUUUCCAAUAUAAGAAAAAUGCAAGAAAGACAAACAAAAUCUUGAUAGAUAAUAGAAAAUUAUAUCAUUGAUGGAUUUUUGUUAUAAUUAAUUUGAGGAUUAUCAUAUCUGUUACAAAUAAGUAUACUGAACAUUUCAGUACUGUUUAUAGUUGACAAGAGUUGUAGAGGAUGGUGACAGUUUGAAAGGGCAAGUUUCAGGUUGACAUGGAUCAGCCAAGUCACUGCUGAUUCUCAUGAGCUACACUAUUAAGUUACCUUUAUUUGGGUGAAGUCUUCUGACUAGGGUUCCACCUCAGGAUCUCAUCCCAUGCCUUCUUUGGUCCGGUACCUACUGUAACUCUGCCUUCCCCCUCAAGUGUUCAUCAUGCCUCACCCAGUCAUUCUCAUCUUUUCUUUGCAUGUAGCCAAACCACCACAUAUUCAUAAAUCUGAACAAAAUAAAUGUAAUUGAAUAGCACCAUAAUGGCAGCCUAUACUAAUGAUAUGCAAUAAUUAAAUACUACUAACAGUAGUUAUCCUAGAUACUGAACAUAUAACGGAGCCACUUGAGUAACUUAUGAAUGUAUUGUGGUUGCAAAGGUUGACAGGGAAAGUUUCAAAGCCUGGUAGUGUGUAUUAGUUGUGAACCACUGCCAGGCAAGUGAUAGUUAGGGGUUAGGUGCUCAGUAGUUGCUGAAUGAACAGAAAGCCUCAAAUCAAAACAAUGAACAAAAUAUACUCUGUUAAAAUACAUUUACUAUAUUGAACAGCUCACCAGUCUGAAGCAAGUAUAUCCUAAACAGAAUCUCAGUAUAUCUCAAUGAUGGAACAAUGACAGUUUGCUGUGCCAAAGAUUAGCUUGAGUAUUCUGAUGAUUUAAUUAAAAAAAAGUGAACUUGCAAUUAAGAUAAAGGAAGCAUCAUUAACGUACAUGGAUGCUGCUGUUGUCUGGCUACAAAAUUGAGUUAAAGAAACACAUUUACAUACAUGUAUUUUGUAUUAUCUAUAAAAGAUAGGUUGUCCAUCUGGAAGCUCCAUUGCAUUGUACAUACAAUUGUGAGAAACAUUGUCUCUAUGUAUGUAUGUUAUUGUUUAGCUCCAGCAAGUAUACAAAGCACUUACCUCAGAUACUGUAUGGGUGCUUUACUAGAUAUCUCUAGCAGUUGCUUCCAAGUGAGUUUGUUCCUGUUCCUGACACUUGCAGGGAGCUGAGAGGGAGGGUGCUUGGGGUCUGGCCUCCAGUCAUGCUACGGCCUUCCUCACAACACUCAGUCCAUGAGAGAGGUGGCACUGGGCACUAGUGUCAUCCUACCAGAGGCUCUAAUAAGGUUCUUGUUGCCAAGUAUGUGAAUUCUUUACUCUGCUGUAACCCAGAUACUUGAGAAUUAGGGCUAUCCAGAUAUCUGACUCUGCCUCCUCAUGGAAGAAAACAGAAGACAUGGCUGGAGACAAUGAGCAAAGCUUUUUGUACUUAGAAGUUUAAUGAUGAUAAUUGUAGCUUCAUCCUGUGACCAUUUAUUCCACCAUCAUCAACAGUUGUUAUUUUUGCACUUUAUUGUGUGUGAAAUUCUUGGGUAAAGGUAUAAUUGCAGGUAUUUAUAUGAAGAGCUUGAGAACUUUGUUAAAGAAAAGCUCAGGUGAUUUUUGGACUUGAUCUAUACAUUACAUUGGAGCUACAUCUA